AAGACGACAACGACGAUGAUGAAGAUGAAGAUGAAGAUGGUGCGUGUGUGUGUGUGCAUGUGUGUGUGUGUGCGCGCGCAGAUCUUCGAGUGGUGGUACUUCCGCAAGUACGGGACGUCGUUCAUCGAGCAGGUGUCGGUCAGUCACCUGCGCCCCCUGCUGGGCGGUGUGGACAACAGCACAGCCAGCAGCAGCUCCAGCAGCAGUAAUGGAGACGCAGACUCCAGCCGGCAGAGUGUGUCAGAGUGUAAGGUGUGGAGGAAUCCGCUCAAUCUCUUCAGAGGAGCUGAAUAUAACCGAUACACAUGGGUGACGGGACGAGAGCCGCUCACCUACUAUGACAUGAAUCUUUCAGCACAAGACCAUCAGACCUUCUUCACCUGUGACUCUGAUCACCUGCGGCCUGCAGACGCCAUAAUGCAGAAGGCCUGGAGAGAGAGGAAUCCUCAGGCUCGGAUCACGGCGGCUCAUGAAGCUCUGGAUCUGGAGGAUUGUGCGACGGCGUAUAUUCUCCUGGCGGAGGAAGAGGCCACGACGAUAGUGGAGGCAGAGAAACUCUUCAAACAGGCGCUGAAGGUCGGAGAAACAUGUUACAGACGCAGCCAACAGCUCCAACACCACGGCUCACAGUAUGAGGCGCAGCACAGUGAGUACACACACACACAUUUGCCAAAGUCUGCAACCAUCUGCUACACAGCCGCUCUCCUCAAGGCCAGAGCCGUGUCUGAUAAGUUUUCUCCAGAGGCAGCAUCACGCAGAGGUUUGAGCACAGCAGAAAUGAACGCAGUAGAAGCCAUACACAGAGCGGUGGAGUUCAACCCACACGUACCUAAAUACCUCUUAGAGAUGAAAAGCCUGAUCCUCCCUCCAGAGCACAUCCUGAAGCGUGGAGACAGCGAGGCCAUCGCAUACACCUUCUUCCACCUGCAGCACUGGAAGAGGGUGGAGGGAGCGCUCAACCUGCUGCACUGCACCUGGGAGGGAACCUUCAGGAUGAUCCCGUAUCCCCUGGAGAAAGGUCAUCUCUUCUACCCGUAUCCCGUCUGCACAGAGACGGCUGACAGAGAGCUGCUACCAAUGUUCCACGAGGUGUCGGUGUACCCUAAGAAGGAGCUGCCGUUCUUCAUCCUCUUCACGGCGGGGCUCUGCUCCUUCACGGCGAUGCUGGCGCUGCUCACACACCAGUUCCCCGAGCUCAUGGGAGUCUUCGCUAAAGCCUUUCUCAGCACUCUGUUUGCGCCGCUGAACUUCAUCAUGGAGAAGGUGGAGAGUAUUCUUCCCUCCAGCCUGUGGCAUCAGCUGACGCGGAUCUGAACACUAUCACACACACACA